AUGGGAUACACAAGUAGAUACGAGGAACGGACUAUUACCAAUGAUUAUCGAGCUUCAGACCGGCAAACCGACGAAGGUCACAGUUUCUGGCGCAUAUCCGGCAUAGUUAUCUUGGUCAUCCUCUUGGUCUUGGUCAUUGUAGGGCUACCGGCUUUUUUUCAGUCCAACGAAGCCCUUAAGCCCACGCAAGAUGACAUAAAGAUCGCUGUAAUUGAUGCCUCCCUCAUCGAUGAGUUUAACAUGACUAUGUCCAACAGCUACAGCCUCGACCUCAACAUCACCCUUCGAAAUCCCAACAAGUACUUCCGCAUCUACUAUGGGGAGGCUCUUGUCGUUGCAAACUACCGCCACAAGUCUGAUAUGGCUAGAAUUGCCGAGUUUCACCAACCACCAAAGAACACGACUUUUCUGACGCCGUCGUUCAAACUGGAGCGGGAUAACAUUACUGAUAAUGCAGCUGGGUCUGGGAAAGAGAAUCUUUACGACAUUGUCGUCAGGCUUGAUCUUGCUAUUAAGAAGUUCAAGCCCGUCUCCUGGGAGAGGAUCUUCGGUUCGGGGCCCUGCUCUGCUAUCUUCAUAUGUGACGUGAAGGUCCCUUUGCAGAAUGGAUCGCGAUCUGCCACUACUGCUUUUAAUCCUACCAAGUGCCAAUCUGGUGAUGGCAAUCAAUGUUAA